GUUUGAGAAGUAAUCCUGGGCUGCUUCCUAAUGAAACUAUGGCCUGCGGACUAAGAAGAGGAAGACGAGGUGACCGACCUGCCCAGACCGACGGGGCGUCAACAAAAACAGCGGCAGGACGACCAUGGAGGAGAACAAGCAGUCCACGAGCACACGGGACGAGGACACCCGGUGUGGCUGGCUCGGCUUUUCCCCGUCGGUGGCGCAGCGGUUCGCCAGGUCCGAGUGGGUGCUGGUGUGCUUCUGCGCGGCCGGCUUCGUGCAGGGCAUGGUGAUCAGCGGCUUCGUCAACGUGUCGCUGCCCACGCUCGAGCGGCGCUUCCACCUGCGCAGCGUCGAGACGGGCCUCAUCGUGUCCAUGUACAACGUGGGCUCGCUGCUCUUCAUGGCGCCCGUCACGUUCUUCGGGAGCGAGAGGCACAAACCGCGCAUCAUGGCCGUGGGCGUCGCGCUGAUGGGCGUCGGCUCGUUCAUCUACAGCCUGCCCCACUUCAUCGCGCCGCAGUACAAGUUCAGCCACUCGCUGAAGGACCUGUGCCCGUUCGUGAGCGGACCAACGUUCCAACCAAGCGCCGGGCUCCGAAGCUACCGUUUCAUUUUCAUGCUCGCCAACUUGGUGCAUGGGUGUUCCACGGUUCCUUUCUACACGUUGUCAGUGGCCUACAUGGACGACAACCUCACGGCCCAGAAGUCCAGCUGGUAUAUCGGCAUCUACUACACCGCAGCCAUCAUGGGGCCAGGUGUCGGCUUCAUCCUGGGAGGCAUGUUUCUCGGCAUCUACACUGACGUCAGCGUAGACCCGUCGAGCAUCGGCCUGUCGCCGUCCAGCAACGUGUGGAUUGGCGCCUGGUGGAUCGGCUUCGUCAUUGCCGGCUUUUCGGCGCUGAUCGUCAGCUUCCCUACGUUUGGCUUUCCAAAGAGGCUUCCGGUCGCCGUGGACCCCCACAAGACACACGAGGUGGACUACCGCGCGCUGAAGGGCGACACGGUGCAGGUGCGCCUCGCCCACAUGCCCAAGGCCGUGUUUUACCUGCUGCAAAACUACACCUUCCUGUUCAUCAGCCUGGCCGCCACCGUCGAGUUGAUGAUUGGCUCUGGCUACACGAACUUCGUCACCAAACUGUUCGAAAGCCAGUUCGGCAUGACCUCGUCCGGAGCAGCACUCCUGCUUGGCAUGAUCGGUAUCCCGAGCGCUAGCCUGGGCUGCUUCAUGGGCGGCUACGUGGUUUCCAAGCUGAACCUGAGCUGCGCCAACAUCAUACGCAUGUGCAUACUCAUCUCGGUGUUGAACUGGUUCGUAUUCUACUCGCUGCUCAUCUCCUGCCCGAACCAGCGCUUCGAGGGCAUCGACAUUGAGAACAAGAUGGUACUCACGCCCAAGUGCAGCAGCGAAUGCAGGUGUCCGCUCAGCUUCAAUCCCAUCUGCGGUCGGGACUCCAAGAUGUACACGUCACCGUGUCUGGCCGGCUGUCGCAAUGAGACCCAGGACGUCAAGGCCUCGACCACGCUCUACACUGAUUGCGACUGCAUCGAACUAGAAGGCGUCCACAACGACACCGAACACGUGGUGGAGGCCGAGCGGGUGCGCUGUACGCAGGAGUGCUCCGCCUACACCUUCUACAUGGCGGCCACAUUCGUUUGCCUCUUCAGCACCUUCUACAUCAGCGCGCCGGGCAUCAGCGUCACCAUCAGGUGCGUCACGCCAAAACAGAAGUCGUUCGCCUUAGGUGUACAGUGGGCCUGCAUACGUCUCCUAGGCACCAUUCCGGCUCCGCUCAUCUUCGGCAAGGCAGUGGACAUGGCCUGCGAGAUCUGGUCGUCCGUGUUCGACGGCGACACGAACGACUCCGGCCACUGCGCCGUCUACAACAACGCGGCGUUGAGCCGCAACAUGGCCGCCAUGCUCGUGCUGCUCAAGACCAUGUCGGUGGUGCUCUUCGCGUGCGCCAGCUUCACCUACCAGCCGACGACGACGACAACAUCGUCUCCCACAUAAAACCGCCGAAGCGCGCCAUUCAGGCUGCUCACGCUUACUGCGCUCGUGCGACGUCCGCUUGCUGGUAGUUAGUGGACGGGCCGGCCGCGUCGUCGGUGCCAGAACGAACGCGCAGGCGCAUGUAUGUGUAAGCACAUCGCGAAAUACUCGUAGGUACCAGCAAUGUUCUUUUUCUAAUUGAUCCAACUUUAAAAAAGCACGAUUUAAAGGAAAA